UUUCCAGCUGUCAAGAGAUUUUUUUGUGUGUUAGUUUGUUUGUGCGUGUGUGUGUGUGUGAUAUUAGUAAGUCAUGGAGCAGGAGCAUUUAGGCGGCGGUGGAGUAAAACCCGAGAAGGGCAACACUCGUCUCUUCAAGAUCGCCCUGGCCAUGUGUGUGUGUCUGUGUGCCGUUCUGCUGCUCGCACUCAUACUGGUUUCCCAGAAGUCCAGUCAGGAGGAGUUCUGUCUGACUCCAGAAUGCAUCGAGGCAGCCGGGUCCAUUCUAGCUAAAAUCGAUCGGGCAGUCGACCCCUGUGAGGACUUCUACAGCUUCUCCUGUGGAGGUUGGCUGAAGGAGAAUCCCAUCCCCGAAGAUUCCUCCUCGUACGGCAUCUACCCCUGGCUGCGGCAGCACGUGGACAUCCAGCUCAAAGAGUUACUGGAAGCUCCAUCCAACCCCGAUGAACUGGAGGCAGUGACCAAAGCUAAGGUCCUCUACCGCUCCUGUUUGAACGAGACCAUGCUGGAGAAGAUGGACACCAAACCGAUGCUGAAGACUCUCAAACAGCCGGAGUUCCGUUGGCCCGUGGUCGGGGACGGGCUCGGGGGGGAGUACCAGUGGUCCUCCGCUCGGUGGAGCCUCCUGAAGACUCUGGCUCAGAUGAGGAACCAGCACAGCAAGAGCGUCCUGCUCCGCCUGUACGUCUCGCCUGACGACAAGAACUCCUCCAAGUACAUCAUCAAGCUGGACCAGGCGUCCCUGUCUCUGCCCUCGAGGGAAGACUACACCACCAACACGUCCUCUGCCCAGGCCUACCGUGCGGCCUUGCUCAGCCUGAUGACGGACACGGCCGUCAUGCUGGGCGCUCCAGAGUCCUCGGCGCUGACCCAGAUGGAGAAGGCGCUCGCCUUCGAGACCAAACUGGCUCAUAUCCUGAUUCCCUACGAGAACCGCACCAGUGAGAACAUGUACAACAGAUACUCGUUGUCUCGCCUGCAGCGCUCCGUUCCACAGUUCGACUGGCUGGGUUUUGUCAAAGCGGUGGUGGAGUCUAAGAGCGACCCGACUCGCUCCAUCUCCUCCUCCGAGCCCGUCAUCGUCCGAGCGCCGCAGUAUUUCAAGGAACUUUUCAAGCUCAUUAACGCCACCGACCCCAGGACCGUAGCGAACUACGUGCAGUGGAGGACGGUUUUCUCCAGGAUCACGACUCUGAGUCGUCGUUUCCUCUACAGAUACCUCGACUACGCUCGGGUAACCACGGGAACCACCUCUCUCACCCCACGCUGGGAUAAGUGCGUGAACUACGUGGAGAACUCGCUUGUUUACGCCACCGGGCGCCUCUUCGUCGACACACACUUCCAGGAGGACAAGAAACACAUGAUGGAGGAGCUGAUCGGGGGCAUUCGCUGGGCGUUCAUCGACAUUCUGCAGAAAGAGAACGAGUGGAUGGAUCAGUCGACGAAGACGAGAGCCGUAGAAAAGGCUCACGCCGUCCUGGCAAAGGUCGGCUACCCCGAGUUCAUCCUGAACGACACCUACCUGAGCGAAGAUCUCAAGGAGCUAAAGUUCAAUGAGAUGGAUUACUAUGGCAACGUGAUGCAGACGCUCAAGUUCAUCGCCAAGUCCGAUGUCGCCUGGCUUCGAAAGAGCGUCCCACGUACAGAGUGGUUUACAAACCCAACAACUGUGAACGCCUUCUACAGUUCUUCCACCAAUCAAAUCCGAUUUCCUGCUGGAGAGCUGCAGAAGCCUUUCUUCUGGGGGAGAGAGUAUCCGAGGUCUUUAAGUUACGGAGCCAUCGGGGUGAUCGUCGGACACGAGCUGACUCACGGCUUCGACAAUAACGGUCGUAAAUAUGACAAGAAUGGAAACCUGGACCAGUGGUGGAGCAACUCGUCAAUAACAGCCUUCACUGAGAAGACCCAGUGCAUGAUAGACCAGUAUAACGGCUACCUCUGGGAGGAGGCCGGCCUGAAUGUGCGAGGGAAGAGGACUCUGGCAGAAAAUAUAGCCGACAAUGGAGGAAUAAGAGAAGCGUUCAGGGCGUACAGGAGGUGGGUGGAGGAGAGCAGAGGAGGUGUGGAGGAGCCUCUGCUGCCGGGAGUCGGGCUGAACAACAACCAGCUGUUCUUCCUCAGCUACGCACACGUGAGAUGUAACUCGUACAGACCGGAAGCAGCCAGGGAUCAGAUCCAGAGCGGAGCCCACAGUCCGCCCAAAUACAGAGUCGUCGGAGCCAUGAGCAACUACGAGGAGUUUCAGAACGUGUUCAGCUGCCCGGAGGCGUCGGUCAUGAACCGAGGAGCACAGUCCUGCCGGGUGUGGUGACCUUUGACCUCUGACCUCAGCCUGACCCUGGCUGUGAGCAGGAGGCCUGUGUUGAAAAGGCUGAACAUGCCGGACGUAGCCUUUAGUUUGCAUGUGAUGUGAGUUAUUCUCUGAACUCAUAGACAUGUUAGGAACUGAAGCCAUUUUACAGGAACUUUUCCUGCACAAGUUGCAGCUACAGAAGAAAAUCAUGACUCAAGACUUUUGUCAGUCAUAGUUUAUCAAUUAUGUUUGGCAAAGAUAUUUUUUGCAAGCUGUUGUAAAAACUGCUGAUUUCUAUAACAACAGAUGUUCAGGAUAUGCACUGUAAGUGUGAGUAGAUAAGAUUGAGCCUCUCCUAUGGGAAUAAAGAAGUUAUACAUCAGGGAGAAGGUUCAAUGGCUAUAUAUAUUUUUACAGGAACAUAUAUUCCAGAUGUUACAGUAACUGUGAGAAGCAGAAAUAUAUCAGGUCAACAUCUGUAGACGUAUUUAUGAGCGGCCUAGUCGAUGGAUUCCCAGCAUCCGUCAAACCAAAGACUAAAUCUAAAAAAUAAGAAACAUAUUUUAAAGAUUCAAAUAGUUGUGAAAGCCUGAUUCAUGACAAUGUACGAGAAAAGCAGUUUGUUUAUUUCUGAGACGUUAUAUGAGGCUUAAUGUGUUUUGUACUUUGUGUG